AUGAGUAACGACUACUGCCGUAAACAGAAAACGUCCAAAAACACCCUUACACGCGCUCGUUCAUGCCCUUCAAUCCGUAAGAGAAUACCCUCCUCCAGGAAACAUUCUCUCGACUCGUAUGACCUCCGUGGUCCAUGCCGCUACAAAAGUUCCCUUGUUUUACUAACAAAAAAGUUCGUGCGCAUGUUGAGGAAUUCGUUAGAUGGCGUCUUGGACCUAAACAGCGCCGUCGUUGCAUUAAACGUCAAGAAGCGACGCAUUUAUGAUAUCACAAACGUCCUCGAAGGGAUUGGAUUAAUCGAAAAGAAUUCUAAAAAUCAUGUGCGUUGGAAAGGCGCAGUUUUACCGUCGACAAGCUCAAAUUUCAAGCGACGAAUUGAAGAUUUAAAAAAACGCAACGCUCAUCUUGAGACAGAAUGCCAAGAUCUUGCCGGAACCAAGGAUGAAAUUGAUGCUGACAUUAAACAGAUGUUUGAAUCAGAAGAGACACGCAGAUUAGCAGUCUUGUAUCGAUCUGACAUUCAGAACCUCAUGCAUCUAGAAAAUGAUGACGAUCUUGUUGUCAUAAACUGGCAUCAUGAUAGUUUAAUACACAUUGGAAAAUCAAUCGAGGACGACCAAUCCAAUCGGUACACUCACACAUUCUCAAUCAGACAUCCCGACAAUCCACCCACCAAUAUCAAUCGCCUGCCCCCUCUCUAUCUCCCCCAUCAUUUCUCAAAUGAUUUCUCUCAAUUAAACUUGUCUCCUACUGGUCUUCAAAGCAGGCAACUUCAUAAUACUGGAUUACCAGUUAACGCGAUUGAUGAUCGUGACCUUCAUUCUCAAGAAUCGAUACUGGAUUACUCAUACGCAUAUACAGCUCAAGCUCCGACUCCGAUUUCUCCAGAUAGUUGCGAGUUCAAUGACCAACAGUGA